AUGCCCAAGAAAAAGCGAAGCCAAAGUAGUCGCCCGUCACGUUUCGAUCAUGUAGGCCCUUUAUCAUUAGGAUUGCCAGAAAAAUUGCGAAAAUUGCUAAAUGCUAACUCUCAACCCAAACGUCUGAAAAAAGCAGUCCGGCGUGAUGAUGCUGGCUUUGAAUUCUUCGAAGAUUAUUUGGAUUCAAUACAAGAAAGUUCAAUAGACGAUUCAGUCCUGUCCAAUGCAACUCCUAAAAGUAGUAAAUUGAAGUCUCAAAUACUGCCUGAUUUAACAACAACUCCUAAGCAUCAAAGUGACCCGGGAUUACGUGACAGCCAUAUCGAUUUCAUAGAAGAUAAUAUCACCGUUACUCCUACUCGCGAUAAUGAAAAGAAUAGUAGAGCUCAAAGUACGCCCAAAACGACGAAUAUUAUGAAGAGAAUUGAAGACAACGACAAAUUCACAAGCUUACGGACUUAUAAUGAUAUUAGCUUUUCCUCUUGUGACGAGGAUGGGCAGAACAAUACUUUAUCAAAUGAAGCACCUUCACCUAUUGUAGAAAUUGAGGAAGAUAGACCUUGCAACGAAAGUAUGACUGAAGAAGUCGAUGUUAUAGACGAAAUACCUGUUAAUAGUAAUGAAAGUAUAGAAAUUGAGCAUAUUAGCGACAACAUUACACACGAUGAAGUUGUUAAUGUGGACAUUGCCGAAAACAAUAUUUCUGUACACCCUGCUGCAACUGCCGAAAUUACCGUAGAUAACAAUAUCGACGACGAGAAAGAAAAUAAUAUGGAAUGUUCAGUGGAAGUUUCACCAGAUGUAGAAGAUAGUACUAGAAAAGCCAAACGACAUAAAUUUGCCAUACCAUUAUCUAAUUCGAGUGUAUUUACCAAUGAGUCUGUUGUAAUAUCAUCAGAAUUAGAUAAGAAGAACAUUAAUCGAUCAUCUCAUAUCUCGACAGGGCCUAAGAAAUCAUUUGAUUUAGCCAAAAAAGUAUUUAUAAAGCCUCAAAAAAUCAUCGAACCUAAAAAUGAAAGAACUCCUGGUGUUCGUAGAAGUAAUCGCAAGAGAGUACGCACGUUAGAAUACUGGCGUGGCGAAAGGAUUCAAUAUAAAGCUAAUACGUCUGGACUACAAAUUGGAGGAGUUAUAAGCCCUCAUGUAUCAAAGAAAAUACGCCAUAAUGGUGUUGGAAUAAGAAAAAUGGGCGAAGGAGGAGUCUUAUCCGAUGAAUAUGACUGUGAUAUCAAGACAGAGUCCAGCGAAGAUGAGAUUGAAAGUUUAGACGAUUAUGAAACCACAGCAACACCAUCGGGUGUGGUUUUUAAUUCUUCGCAAAGUAAAGAAGUGCUUACAACUGUUGUAGCAACCGAGUCGAUGCUAACAUUAAAAAACCCUGCUGGUGAGGUAGCCACUGAAAAUGAUCCUUUGAAGAUGGCUAAGGUUUGGACGAAUGAUCGAGGAGCAAUUGGCCUUUUAGAAAUAGCACCGGAAAAGGAAAAGGGAACACAGUUUGUUCGAAAAGAUCGUAUGUACUUCGUGAUCUUAAAAGGAAAGCUAGCAGUUGAUAUCGGUCGAAAGAAGACGAUAUUAAAUGAAAGAAGUUUCUUUUUUGUACCUGAAGGUAACACUUACAAUAUAAAGAAUAUUUCCAAAAAGAAGCCGGCUACAGUUGCGUUCAUGCAGUUAAAGGGAAUGGAGACGCCAGCUGUCUAA